GCCCUGACAGAAAAGAUGACGGCUAACAUUUAUACUGUCUAAAUUGUGCUAACGUGGUCCACCACCGAGCGAAUCACCCCACCGAGCGAAUCACUCUGCCAAGACCACAACGCUUUCUACUAUUAAUUACAAUGGCUCAACAACCUGAUAUUGAAUUACUUUCCUGUGCAGAUAGAGUUAUACUUGCUACCCAAGCAAUAAAAUCUAACGCGUCACUAAGCCAGCGACGCGCUGCUGCUAUCUACAGGGUUCCUCAAAGUACACUUAGCCAUCAAGGCGCUGGAAGAACCCCACGACGCGAUACCCACCCUAACUCAUCUAAGCUUCAGAAGCAUGAAGAGGAGGCAGUUAUACAAUACAUAAGGAAGCUUGACGCUAGAGGCUUUGCCCCUACGCUUAGCCACUAGUGGCCAGGUUGGGGAGAACUGGGCCUAUAGGCUGAUCCAACGCCGGCCUGAGGUCAAAUCUCAGGUGACUC